ACUUUUUCCACUUCGUGCUUGCCAUGUAUGACCGUCACGGACAGCCAGUGGAGAUCGAGAGGACGUCUUUCAUCGACUUUGUGGAAAAGGACAGAGCCUUCGGACCGAGCAAGAUCUCUACGUGCGGCUCAUUGACUCCAUGUCCAAGCAGGCCAUCAUCUAUGAAGGUCAGGAUAAGAACCCCGAGAUGUGCCGCGUGUUGUUAACUCACGAGAUCAUGUGCAGCCGCUGCUGUGACAAGAAAAGUUGUGGAAACCGCAACGAGACCCCUUCCGACCCGGUCAUCAUUGACAGCAGCCACCCCCUGCAUCAAAGCCAUCAGCCCCAGUGAAGGCUGGACGACGGGAGGGGCCACCGUGAUUGUGAUCGGGGACAAUUUCUUCGAUGGGCUUCAGGUGGUCUUCGGUACCAUGCUGGUCUGGAGUGAGGAAGUCCUGCUGAAAAGAGCAGCCGAUCUGGUGGAGGCUUUGUAUGGGAUGCCCCACAAUAACCAAGACAUCAUCUUGAAACGGGCAGCCGAUAUCGCCGAAGCCUUGUACAGCGUCCCACGCAACCCUAACCAGCUGACGUCCCUGGCCGGGAACCAUGGGCACUCGGGCAUGAUGGGCGUCAACUCCUUUGGGAGCCAGCUGGCCAUCAACAUCAGCGAGUCCACUCAGGGCUCGGAACAAGGAUACCCGCGCAGCGCAAGCAGCGUCUCGCCCCGGAGCUACAUGCCCAGCUCCACCCCGCAGCAGAGUAACUACAACACCAUCACAUCUAGCAUGAACGGUUACGCAGGCGCCACCAUGACUGGUCUUGGGGUUCCAGGCUCGCCCAGUUUCCUCAACGGCUCCACUGCCAACUCCCCCUAUGCCAUCAUGCCAUCGAGCCCACCCCUGGGGGCUUCCUCCACCCCCGCCGGUGUCUUCUCCUUCUCCCCGGUCAACAUGAUCUCGGCCGUCAAGCAGAAAAGCGCCUUUGCCCCCGUUGUCCGGCCCCAGGCCUCCCCGCCCCCCAAUUGCACCAGCGCCAACGGGACCGGCCUGCAAGGCCUGUCGGGGCUGAUUGUCCCACCCAUGUGAAUCGGGGAUGGGAGGAAGACAACGCACACUGACCGGCACUUGGACUUUUGAGACCCUCCAAUGGAUGCCUGGGUGCGGGGCGCAAGACCUGGCUUCCGAAUUCUCCUCUUCCCCGGUGACUGCCACGUUAUUGGUUGGACCCGUCAUCCCACGAGACCCCCCCCCUCUCUUCGGUCCAGGCCGCAUCGGGGCUGAAGGAGGGUGGCCGAGGCCUUGGAGAGCUACAACUCUGGAUUUGGGGAGGGGGCUCCUUCCUUAAAGAGGAGCAGGGAGGAGAGAGACCUUGCAAAGGGAUAAGAGCCCCACCGUCUUCCAUGAAGGGGUCCUUUGGCCAUCCCGUCUCCCUCUGGUGGAAGGAUCACAAAGAGACCGAGGGAGACCCUCGCCCAGGCAGGGACCCUCACUCAGGGAGACUUGCUCAUGGCCAAGAGGGGGGGGGUUCCCAUUCCCAGCAGGUUUGCUUUACUUAAAAGCU